AUGAACCGUAAUUGCCGCAAGUACUCGGGUUUGGCAUCUACCAAGGCUGUCGAUAUCUCACUGGCUGAUACGAAAGUGACGCUGACUACGAAAAUUAAAAAGGCCUACAAGAAGCCUAUUAAGGCUGAGAACGUCAUGCUGCUCCGUAAGGGUGCUCGCGGUGGUGCAAACACCAUUCGCGCUAACAUUUCACGCAACUACUAUCGCCGCGAUUUGAAGAAGGCUGCUCUAGCCAAGUGGUCGCGUUUGUCUACGAUCGCAAAGGUCGAGAAGGGUAUUCUCCAGAAAAAAGUUAUUCGCAGCCGUCGCGUCAAGGCUUAA